AUGGGCUACAAUGCAAGCUGGGCUUCAGCCAACGCGAGCGAGCGCGGUCCCUUUCAGGCUGUCAAAAGCUCCCCGAACGCAUCCAGUGCUCAGAUCCUGGGAAUCAACCGAAGCGCCCACGCGGUCGGGACGUCAGAAUACGAGGCAUAUAGGGAAGAACAAACCUAUCGACAUUUUACUACCGUUAUCCAGGUUGUCAUCUUAAUAGGUUCUCUGCUAGGAAACAUUGUGGUCUUGUGGUCGACAUGCAGGACAUCAGUUUUUAAGUCAGCAACAAACCGAUUUAUUAAGAACCUGGCUUGUUCUGGGAUCUGUGCCAGCCUUGUCUGUGUGCCUUUUGACAUUGUUCUCAGUACCAGUCCACACUGCUGUGGGUGGGUCCAUACCAUGAUCUUCUGCAAAAUUAUCAAAUUCUUGCAUAAAGUCUUCUGCUCUGUGACCAUCCUUAGCUUUCCUGUCAUUGCUCUGGAUCGGUACUAUUCAGUCUUAUACCCACUGCAAAGAAAGAUAUCAGAUGCCAAAUCACGAGAUCUGUUGAUCUAUAUUUGGGCUCAUGCAGUGGUGGCCAGCAUUCCAGUCUUUGCUGUGACCCAUGUGUCAGACAUAUAUGCUAUAUCCACUUGUACUGGGCCCUGGAGUUACUCUAUUGGCCAUUUAGCAUAUGUUAUCACUUACAACCUUACCACUGUGAUUUUACCAGUGACUGUGGUAUUUCUCUUUAUGAUCCUCAUCCGGAAGGCACUGAGCGCCAGCCAGAAGAAAAAAGUCAUUAUAGCUGCCUUAAGGACUCCUCAAAAUACAGUUUCUAUUCCUUAUGCCUCCCAGAGAGAAUCUGAACUUCAUGCCAUGCUUCUGUCUAUGGUUAUGAUUUUCAUUUUCUGCAGUAUUCCUUAUAUGACUAUGUUGGUUUAUCAUGCUACCCUGGAUUCUUCUGAUUCUUCUGUAUACUUGCUUCUCACUGCUAUCUGGUUGCCUAAAAUAUCACUGCUGGCCAACCCAGUUCUCUUCCUGACUGUUAACAAAGCUGUACGGAAAUGUUUAGUAGGGACGAUACUGCAAUUACAUCGAAGGUAUAGUCGAAGAAACAUAGUAAGCUCUGGGAGUGCUGGGGAGGCCAAUCUGGAAUCUCACGUUCGUUCUGGCAGCCAACUCCUAGAAAUGUUUUACAUUGGGCAGCAGCAAAUUUUCAAGCCUACAGAGGACGAAAAUGAAGCUAAAUCUGUGGAUCCCAAUGACUACCAACAGGAGAAGAUACCCACAACCAGCUUAGAUGUAGAACAAGCCCAAAUCCAGACAUCUGUUUGUCUUGCAGUUGCAGAUUCUGCUGCUCAAAUAGCACCAGCUUUAUCUACAGAAGCCGAAUUGGCCAAAGAAAAGUAUUCUACGCAACUGGGUUUUGGACCUUUUGAGUUGCCCCCACAGUGGCUUUCAGAAAACCGAAAUGGUAAGAAACGACUUCUGCCUCCUUUAGGAAAUACCCCAGAGGAGCUGAUCCAGACAAAGCAACCCAGGGGUAAAUCAGAACGAAAAAUGAGCAGGAACAAUAAAGUCAGCAUCUUCCCCCAAAUGGAUUCCUAG